UUAGAUACUGAACAGAAAAUAGCUAUUAUCAAAGAUUUAAUUGCGACCAAAAUUCAUCUAUACUCAUCUUGGCUCUUGGUAAUUGACAAUGUCACAAAUCUCGCAAGAAUGGGUCAGUUUCUUCCGGAGCGUGGGAAUGAGAAGUGGGGCAAGGGCCAGCUGCUUAUCACGACCCAGGAUUGUUCCUGUAUCCCACCUGAAAGUCCAAUCACAUCUCACCUUUCUAUAAGCAAAGGCAUGAUUUACACUGACGUUGCCAACCUUCUAUUCGAGCUCACAGGAAUCACAGACGAUGGUAUGGGAAAAAAGGUAGCACACGUUUUGGAUUACCAACCACUUGCACUAGCCAGUGCAGGAGUGUACGUGAGAAAGGUACGUAAUACCAAUCCAGACUUUGGCUGGGAGGAGUACUUACAAAAACUAGAAAAAGGAAAGCGUGAAUGUACUGAAGAAGAACUUACCAAAGUAAACAAUAUCUACCCGGAGUCUAUGACAGAAGCGACUAGGAUAGCCGUUAAAGCAGAAAUAUAGAAUAAUGAAGCAUGCUUUUACCUUCCUUGCUCUUUGUGCACCAGAGCCAGUCAAACUACACUUGUUGACAACUUACGUUGUAAAUGCUGAUGGAGAGUUGGAUGAAGAGGAAAUAGGCAUUCAGAUCCAAGGUUCCUCCUUGCUGUUAAUCGACAAAGACGAUGAUGUCAACAUUCGUUUGCAUAACGUAGUACACAAUAUUGUCAAGAGUUUAGUAAAAGAACAAAUGCAAGCUGAUGAACAUGUCCGAGUUGUUUGUGUUGCGGUGAAGUCAUUUAGUAAAUAUAUAAACGAAGCAAUACCAAAGAUCCUGCAAAGUGCAGAUUCUGUGUCUGAAAGUAGGCAUAUUGUUCCACACUUGAAAACUCUAGCUGCCGAAAUUAAAAAGGUUUCCUUUAGUACAGAGAAAUUUAUCAAACCCACUUUUGAAGAUUUUUGUAUAACUGUGCAUGACUUUCACGUGCUUGGUUAUGUUUGCUAUCUCCAUGGUGAGUACCUAUCAGAAUUGGACUACUUCAAUGUAGCUUUAAAACUCAGCGAACGCAAAGAAAACAAGACACUGCCUGAUCACUUAGAAGAGGCCGAAAUUAUCCAUAACAUGGCUUCUACAUAUAACCACAUGGGUGACAAUCAAGAGGCCAAGAAGUAUUAUGAACGUGCCUUGUCCAUUGAAUUGAAUAAGCUGGGACCCGACCAUGUUGACGUCGCCAGUACGUACCAUAACAUGGGUACCCUACAUCACGACUUGGGUGAGCAUCAACAGGCCAAGGAGUAUUAUGAACGUGCCUUGGCCAUACAAUUGAAUAAGCUUGGACCCGACCAUGUUGACGUCGCGCGUACGUACGUUAACAUGGGUAACCUACAUCACGACUUGGGUGAGCAUCAACAGGCCAAGGAGUAUUAUGAACGUGCCCUGUCCGUACAACUGAAUAAGCUUGGACCCGACCAUGUUGAGGUCGCUCGUACGUACCAUAACAUGGGUAGCCUGCAUAUGGACUUGGGUGAGCAUCAACAGGCCAAGGAGUAUUAUGAACGUGCCUUGGCCAUACAAUUGAAUAAGCUUGGACCCGACCAUGUUGACGUCGCGCGUAGGUACCAUAACAUGGGUAACCUACAUAAGGACUUGGGUGAGCAUCAACAGGCCAAGGACUAUUAUGAACGUUCCUUGUCCAUUAGAUUGAAUAAGCUGGGACCCGACCAUGUUGACGUCGCCAGUACGUACCAUAACAUGGGUAACCUACAUAAGGACUUGGGUGACCAUCAACAGGCCAAGGAAUAUUAUGAACAUGCCCUUUCCGUACAACUAAAUAAGCUUGGACUCGACCAUGUUGACGUCGCGCGUACGUACCAUAACAUGGGUAACCUACAUCACGACUUGGGUGAGCAUCAACAGGCCAAGGAGUAUUAUGAACGUUCCUUGUCCAUUAGAUUGAAUGAGCUGGGACCCGACCAUGUUGACGUCGCCAGUACGUACCAUGACAUGGGUAACCUACAUAAGGACUUGGGUGACCAUCAACAGGCCAAGGAAUAUUAUGAACAUGCCCUUUCCGUACAACUAAAUAAGCUUGGACUCGACCAUGUUGAAGUCGCGCGUACGUACCAUAACAUGGGCACCCUACAUCACGACUUGGGUGAGUAUCAACAGGCCAAGGAGUAUUAUGAACGUGCCUUGUCCAUACAAUUGAAUAGGCUUGGAUUCGACCAUGUUGACGUCGCGCGCACCUACCAUCACAUGGGUAACCUAUAUCACUACUUGGGUGACCAUCAGGAGGCCAAGGAGUAUUAUGAGUGUGCCUUGUCCAUACAAUUGAAUAAGCUUGGACCCGACCAUGUUGACGUCGCGAGUACGUACCAUAACAUGGGUAUUCUACAUAAGAACUUGGGUGACAAUCAACAGGCCAAGGAGUAUUAUGAACGCGCCUUGUCCAUUGAAUUGAAGAAGCUUGGACCCGGCCAUGUUAACGUCGCGAGGACGUAUCAUAACAUGGGUAACCUACAUAAGGACUUGGGUGACCAUCAACAGGCCAAGGAAUAUUAUGAACAUGCCCUGUCCGUACAACUAAAUAAGCUUGGACCCGACCAUGUUGAAGUCGCGCGUACGUACCAUAACAUGGGUACCCUACAUCACGACUUGGGUGAGCAUCAACAGGCCAAGGAGUAUUAUGAACGUGCCUUGUCCAUACAAUUGAAUAAGCUUGGACCCGAACAUGUUGACGUCGCGAGGACGUACCGUAAC